GCAGGCGCGCUCGGCAGGGCGGGCUUGGGCGGUGGCGCGGGGACAGGCGGGCGCGGUCGGCUCGCGCGCCGGGGUCCGUCUGUCGCGCGCCAGACCGCCCGGCCCGGGUGCGGAGCGCGGCCAUGGGCCCGGGGCCCCCGGCGGCAGGAGCAGGGGCGUCGCCGCAGUCCCUGUCGCUGGCCGCGCGGCUGAGCUACGCCGUGGGCCACUUCCUCAACGACCUGUGCGCGUCCAUGUGGUUCACCUACCUGCUGCUCUACCUGCACUCGGUGCGCGCCUACAGCUCGCGCGGCGCCGGCCUGCUGCUGCUGCUCGGCCAGGUGGCCGACGGGCUGUGCACGCCCCUCGUGGGCUACGAGGCCGACCGCGCCGCCGGCCGCUGCGUCCGCUGCGGCCCCCGAAAGGCCUGGCACCUGGUCGGCACCGUCUGCGUCCUGCUGUCCUUCCCCUUCAUCUUCAGCCCGUGCCUGGGCUGCGGGGCCGCCACGCCGGAGUGGGCCGCCCUCCUCUACUACGGGCCCUUCGUGGUGGUCUUCCAGUUCGGCUGGGCGGCCACGCAGAUCGCCCACCUCAGCCUCAUCCCGGAGCUCGCCACCAGUGACCACGAGAAGGUGGAGCUCACGGCCCUCAGGUAUGCCUUCACCGUGGUGGCCAACAUCGCCGUGUACGGGGCCGCCUGGCUCCUGCUGCACCUGCAGGGCUCCCCGAGCACAGAGAUGGCCCACGAUGUCACUGACCAGCUGGGGGUCCAAGACGUGCAGGUGUUCCAGAACCUCUCCCUGUUGGUGAUAGGAGUCGGAGCCGUCUUCUCGCUUCUGUUCCACCUGGGCACCCGGGAGGGGCGCCGGCCCCCGGCGGAGCAGCCGGACGAGCACAGCCCGCUGCUGGCCCCCGCGACCGCCCGGCCCCUGCUGCUCUGGAAACACUGGCUCCGGGAGCCGGCCUUCUACCAGGUGGGCCUGCUGUACAUGAGCACGAGGCUCAUCGUGAACCUGUCCCAGACCUACGUAGCCAUGUACCUCACCUACUCCCUCGACCUGCCCAAGAAGUUCAUCGCCACCAUCCCGCUGCUGAUGUACGUCAGCGGUUUCUGCUCCUCCUUCCUCAUGAAGCCGGUCAACAGGAGCAUCGGGAGGAACCUGACCUACUUUGCGGGGCUCCUGGCGAUCCUGGCCUUUGCCGCCUGGGUGGCGCUGGCAGACAGGCUGGGCGUGGCCGUGUACGCAGCGGCCGUGCUGCUGGGCGUGGGCUGCGCCACCAUCCUCGUCACCUCGCUGGCCAUGACAGCCGACCUCAUCGGCCCCCACACGCACAGUGGAGCCUUCGUGUACGGGGCCAUGAGCUUCUCGGAUAAAGUGGCCAACGGGCUGGCAGUCAUGGCCAUCCAGAGCCUGUACCCCUGCUCCUUGGAGAUCUGCUGCAGGGCCUGCAUGGGCUUCUACCGCUGGGUGAUGGUGGCCGCCACCGGCGGCGUAGGCGUAGCCGCCACCUUCUGUCUGUGCAGUCUCUUCCUCUGGCCCAUCCGCCUGCGGAGCUGGGACCCUGGAGCCCAGCCCUGAUGCCGCAUGCGCCUCAGUCGCCGUCCUGUGAACAUGAACUCGGUUCCAGGCCCCGCGGAGGCCAGGAGCAGCCCUCCCUCCGAGCU